AUGGCAUCAUCACCAAGUCCCACUGAUCAAAACUUCAUUGUAGUUGAUUUCCACUACAAUGGAACGUUUAUAGCCAAGCCCUUAGUCUACUUUGAUCCCGACAGAGCAUCAAUGCGAGAUGUUGACUUUAAUUCAUUUGAUAGUGAAGAUCAAGAUGAUAAAUACGUGCCACCCCAAUACCCUAUGCAAGAUGACAGAAAACUAUGGGAUCAUAUGAAACCAAUGAUAGGUAUACGAUUUUCUAACCCUACUGAGCUUAAACCUAUGUUAAUCAACUAUGCAAUUGCUAAUGGGGGUUAUUACAAGCACUUAAGGAAGGAUGUUCGGAAGCUGAACUUAGAUAAUGUGUCAGACACAUUGUGGCCGAUUUUAAAAAAAAGGUUUACUAGUCAACAAUACAAGAAAUGGUUUUGGAGGGCUGUAUGGGCUAGUACUGUUGAGAAGUUCACAGGUGUAAUGGAUAAGAUCAAAUCUAUUGAUACUCAUGCCUAUGAUUACAUUAUAAACAGAUAUCCUACUACCUAUUAUAAGGCAUUCUUUCAAGAGGGAAACGAUUGUGAUGCAGUGGAGAAUAGGGUCAGUGAGAGUUUCAAUUUUGCUAUUAGGAAUGUAUGA